AAAAUUUCUGCGUAAUAAUUUUUUUUUAAAAAAUAAUCCCCUUUAUUAAAUUUUAUUACAUUAAUAUAAAAAUGUCUAUGGAUAAGAGCCGAAUACCAAACGAAGAAGCUUUAGACUUCGUUUCUAAGUUUAACAAAAUUUAUUUUCAAACUUUUACACACCACUUAAGUUCUUUUGUUACAGACGGUUUUCUCAAGGACUUAUUUGAAAAAAACCCCUCAGUACCUAAAGAUAAAGCCCAGAUACUGAUAGAGAGGUUUGGCGAGACAGCCAACCCUGCGAACUUCUCUUCACAAGCUCAAGCUACGAAUAUACAACCCACCACCCUUUCGCUAAUAUUUUCUAUAGCACUAUAUGCUGCGUCCAAGUCUUGGGAUAAUUUUUCUACCCAAUUCUAUCUCAAUUUUGGCGAUACGGGUAUUGAUGAUGAUGACGACGAUGAUGGAUCUCAGCAUACUGAUGAUUAUCUGAUGGAUGAGUCAUAUCAGCUUAAGCCCGAUGUAGAUGAACUUUUACGCCAAGGAUUUCAAAUGCCACCAAAUCCAGUACCUAUCAAGCUUCCAUCAAUGCCUGAUAUAGUAAUGCCCCCUGUUGAUCAAACUGUGAUACCCGAAAAUUCCUGGAAGAAAGAUAAACAAAAGGACCUACAAAAAAAAGUUUGAAGUUAUUCUUCGAAACUUAUCCAAGAAGUACAACCUAACAAUAAAAAGAUAAAAAAAGUAUUAAUAAAAAAUUAAUUUAAAAAAAAAUUUUAAAAAAAGUUUUGAAGUAAAACUUCGAAACUUACCAAUCCAUUCCGUUAAGAUUUGUAUAUACUUACAAAUCUUGAUCUUCUUGUUUCAUUUUUCAGAAAUUCACCCGAAACCUAAAAAA